UAGAGGACCCCAGGGCUGGAGCAGGAGGCAUGAGAUUAAGGGAUGGAAGGGGAUCUCACAUAGUGAUGACAGGGAGCUUGUGAGAAUCAAUGAUCUGCUGUGCUAACAAGAAAAAUUCUUCACCCUUCACUUGUGAAGAGCUUUUGUGCUCCUGUUGCGCCUCCCUCUUCUGGAUUUGGAGCCUCGCUGUCAUUGUUUCUCGUGAGGACCAGUAGCACAUAACACCAGAGCACAGACAGUGAGAGAUCUGGUACAUUCUGUCUCCUUGACAUCACUCGGGCAUCAGGGAACAAAGUGUCUUACAGAAAACUCAAGGCCUGGGUAAAGCAGAUUAAAAUGAAAGGUUUGAAAAUACUUCAGAACAUUUGACCGUCUCCUACCCAGCGUGUCCUUGAGGAACAUCAGGAUAAUGGAGGGGCUCUUGCAUUACAUAAAUCCAGCACAUGCCAUUUCACUUCUAAGUGCACUGAAUGAGGAGCGUCUAAAGGGACAGCUAUGUGAUGUUGUGCUUAUAGUAGGAGAUCAGAAAUUUCGAGCUCAUAAAAACGUUCUAGCUGCCAGCAGCGAAUACUUCCAGACCCUGUUCACAAAUAAGGAGAAUGAGUCUCAGUCAGUGUUUCAACUCGACUUUUGUGAACCAGAUGCUUUUGACAAUGUGUUAAACUACAUUUAUUCUUCAUCCUUGUUCAUAGAGAAAGGCAGUCUUGCAGCUGUGCAAGAGCUGGGUUACAGCCUUGGAAUAUCCUUUCUUACAAACAUUGUUUCUAAGAGCCCUCAAGCUCCGUUUCCAUCUUGCCCCGUUAAGAAGAUACUGUAUCAAGAUGAAGAUGAAAGUAGUUCUCAGAAGAGGAGUGUCAUUGUCUGUCAGAACAGAAACGAUGCACAAGGAAAGAGUGUAAAUCAAAUGCAGCAUGAUUUAAGCCAUACUUCUAAACCUUUACCCUCUGCUGCUAUCAAAACUAGCAUUAGACCAACUGAAACUCUUCACAAUUUAUCACUGACUGAAAGGAGAUGGCUGAAAGAAAACCCUGGGAGCUAUACCAAGUUUCACGAAACUUCUGGAACUGCAGAGGAUCAGAGCAGAGGGGGUUUAGUGAAAAGGAACACAGUGUUGCCUCAAAAACCUUUAGCAGAGAAAGAAAUUGCAAGUGAUGAACCAGGAAGCAGUAGUCAGCUUUUAAGAGGAAAGGCUGCAGAGUUAUUAAAAAGACCACGUCCGCCAGUCUUAUCUCUGCGUGGCUCAUCAGAAUCUGCAUUUUUGUUACGAGAGGCAGGAAAAGGAAAUGGUCAAGGUGAAGAUAGGAAUUUGCUGUACUACUCAAAGUUAGGACUAGUAAUCCCAUCUAGUGGAUCUGGUCCUGAAAACCAAAGCAUUGACAGAAGUGGUCCACUCGUAAAAAGUCUACUUCGAAGGUCACUGUCUAUGGACAGCCAGGUUCCUAUUUAUUCACCUUCUGUUGACCUAAAACCUUCACAGGUAUCAUCUUCCUCCUCACCAGGAACUACUGAUUCCCAGAAGAUUUUUAAUGUUGCAUCUCAAAAGUCAUGCUUGAAAGAGUCAUCGGAGAAGUUAGUCUUAGAUGAAAAGCCACAGGUAAUGCACCCACAUCGCCUUAGGUCUUUCAGUGCCUCUCAGACAACUGAUAGGGAAGUUUCUUCCCCUCUUACAGAGGUGCGAAUAAAAACUGAACCCAGCAGUCCACUUUCAGAUCCAUCUGAAAUAAUAAGAGUUACAGUGGGUGACACAUCAGUAUCUACAAAUAAAGACUUUCCUUUUAAAACUGAGGAUGAUCAAAAGGAACCAAGUAGACUUCCAGCAAAAAGGAGAUUUCAAGCAGAUAGAAGGCUACCAUUCAAAAAACUCAAGGUGAAUGAAGAGGGUUCUCCUGAAUCGGAAGAAAACUUCGAGGAAGGCUCAAGCCCUACGCACCUUGAUGCUGAUUUUGCCGAUUCUGAUGUCAGUAAAGAUGAAUACAGUGAAAUGGAAGAAGCAAGACCAAAUAAAAAAUUUAAAUGCAAACACUGCCUUAAAAUUUUCAGGUCAACAGCAGGUCUUCAUCGUCACGUUAACAUGUAUCAUAAUCCAGAAAAGCCCUAUGCUUGUGACAUAUGCCACAAGAGAUUUCACACAAAUUUCAAAGUGUGGACACACUGCCAGACACAACAUGGAAUUGUUAAGAAUCCCUCACCAGCUUCCAGUUCUCAUGCUGUUUUGGAUGAAAAAUUCCAAAGAAAACUGAUCGAUAUAGUGAGAGAGAGAGAAAUUAAAAAAGCUCUGAUAGUUAAACUAAGACGUGGCAAGCAAGGCUUUCAGGGACAAUCUACUUCACAAGCACAACAAGUCAUCAAAAGGAAUUUAAGAUCAAGAACCAAAGGAGCCUAUAUUUGUGUCUACUGUGGAAAAGCUUAUCGUUUCCUCUCACAGUUCAAACAGCAUAUAAAAAUGCAUCCAGGAGAAAAACCAAUUGGAGGAAAUAAGGUUCCUAAGCAGAAAGACCAUAUUCAUAUUGAAAGUCAUGUAGAAAACAAGGAAGUUUAUCAGUGCCGUCUCUGUAAUGCUAAGCUCUCUUCACUUAUUGAACAGGGAAAUCAUGAGCGACUCUGUAGAAACGCUACUGUCUGUCCUUACUGCAGCCUUAGAUUUUCAUCCCCAGAGCUGAAGCAUGAGCAUGAAAGCAAGUGUGAAUACAAGAAGCUUACUUGUCUUGAGUGUAUGCGCACCUUCAAAUCAUCCUUUAGUAUUUGGCGUCAUCAAGUUGAAGUUCACAAUCAGAACACGAUGGCUCCAUCAGAGAACUUUUCUUUACCUAUCCUGGAUCACAAUGGAGACAUAACUAGUUCAUUAAGAUUGCCUCCUCAGUCAGAAUCCAACAAAAUAAACAAUUUUGCUGCAAAGGAAGACGGAGUAUUCAGUGACUCGUCAGAACAGAUUAAUUUUGAUUCUGAAGAUUCCUCUUGCCUGCCUGAAGACUUAAGUGUUUCCAAGCAGUUUAAAAUUCAAAUCAAGGAAGAGCCUGCGGACGACGUAGAGGAUGAGGUCACUGAGACAAGCAGAGAACCAAAGGAAGUAGUCUCCAACAAAGAUGCUGGUUUGUGGCCCUGUGAAAAGUGUGGGAAGAUUUUCACUGUACGCAAACAACUGGAGCGUCACCAAGAGCUCUUAUGCUCCGUGAAGCCGUUUAUUUGUCACGUGUGCAACAAGGCCUUCCGAACCAAUUUCCGGCUCUGGAGUCACUUCCAGUCCCACAUGUCGCAGGCUGCAGAGGAGUCCACAAAUAAGGAGCCUGAGGUAUGUCCACCAGCUAAUUCCCCAUCACCACCACCUUUACCUCCGCCCCCGCCACUACCCAAAAUCCAGCCUUUGGAGCCUGAUAGUCCAACAGGCUUGUCUGAAAGCUCCACUACUACUGAAAAAUUAUUUGUACCGCAGGAGUCAGAUACGCUCUUCUAUCAUGCUCCACCACUCUCAGCAAUCACAUUCAAAAGGCAGUACAUGUGUAAACUCUGUCACAGGACUUUCAAGACAGCUUUUAGUCUUUGGAGCCAUGAGCAGACACACAAUUAGCUUUCAGAGAUACCUUAAAAAGCUGAUUUGGUGGAGGCUGUUUUCAGGAUCUCGGAUGUAUGCCACGUAAACUUGAAAUUUAAGAGGAUCAAAACAACGACGACGACAGAAGAUUCUGAAUUUGUGAUGCUGCUUGGAUUUGGAGAUUAAGGUAAACUAACUUUGUUAGUAGCUAGAAAGCUGGGUAAUUAAAGAUAAUAUGGACUGGGAUCUAAUAGUAACAGAAUAAUUUUGAUUUCAUUUAACACUGAAAUGCGAUCGCAUCUGGAUUGUAUGCAUGGAUCUUCAUCCUGUGAUGUUGGUGUGUGCGUGUGUAUUAUAUAUAGAGUUAUAUAUUAAAUGGAAGAGCAACAAAAAUUUGGAUUCUAACUGUGAGUUUAUAGUGGUGAAAUACUGUAACCAACUUCAUUGUUUGUUGUUUUUUUGGUUUUUUUCUUAAAGAAACCAACACAGAAGCUCCAUAUAAAUAGCUGCCAUGCACUUGCAGUUAGAGAGGAAGUGGAUGGAGUGUCUUAAUGUAUUGACUUAGGUCUUAGAGAUCUUUAGCAAUAACGAAUAAACCUCACGUUUCAGUAAUCCCGAUAUUAUUGGAUACGAAUGUUUGAUAUUUUAAGGGAACAUAAAAUUGUUUUGUUGUUAUAUGGAACUUGUGCAAAUUAAAGUAGAAUUUAAAAUCAGCAAUAUUAUUAAUAAGAUUUUAUAUUAAGAAAACAAAAUAGCAGCAAGCCUGCUUUCAGCCAUUUAAUUAUAAGUUUCUAAGGAGAAGUGGGGGGUGGGGGUACAUCGCUUUAUAUAACUUCCCAAAGACUAAUUUACUAUGAACAUUUCAGUAACUAAAGUCAUUGUAUUGACAGCCAUCAUAAUGCAAAUGUUACUGUUUGUAAUACGAACUAAGAUUGGAUGGAUGUCGGAUAAGUUUCGUAAUUUUGCUCCUCUGUUUGUACAACUGUUUGUAAUUCUAACUGCAAAGAAAUGUAGAACUAUUAAGAAGCAAAAAAAGCUCGGUAAGGGAUAGAAGAUGACUUGUGUUCCUACACUCAGUGAUAAGCUUGGCCAUGAGUACAAAGAUGAGUUUUAACAUAAAGUAAAAAUGUAAAUAUUUAUAUAGACAUCUGUAUAAAUGAAGAAGUAUGUAUUUGAAAUUUGUAUUAAGCGUGCAUAUCCAGCUCAAAGCAGAGGAAAAACCAUCACAUUGCUAUCACUGUAUUUUAUGAAUACAACGCUUAGAAUAUUUCUUUCUGCUGCUUCCUAUCCUUUGUGGUACUGUGUAGCAGUUUUCUUAUCUGCUGAAAAUCAUGAGAAUAAUGUGCUGCAGAUACUUUGUGCAGUUCCAUUAUUUUACCACAAGUCACAACUGGAGCAUUUAGUAAAAGUCGAAUCAUAGAUAUUUACCAGAAACUACAGCAAGGGUCCAAAAUUACUUUGUUCAAGGAAGCGUUUACCCAAAAGUUGUGGUAAAUUAAGUGAAAAAUUGUUCUACUGGAAUUUAAACUUCAUGGAGUAGUGCAAUGAACAGUGAGAACAUCAGUGAUGCAAAUGGUAUUUAUGAUUCUGACUAACUUCACUCUGGAAGUUGAGGGACUGGGGUUGCAAUCCACACUAUCUAGUCAGAGCCCAGUCUUUGCUCACUGAUAAGAGCAAGAGUUUGGUCACCAGUUACAGUGGGAAUAGGAGUGAGGCUUUCAUUCUAUUUGACUCUAAUAGUGCUUUUUUUUUUUUUCAGCAUCCUACACUCAAAGUUAGAAAGUGUUGCUUGCUCGUACCAGCAUUUAGCAAAAAUAAAGCACCUGUGUAACUUUAGGAUCUGAGGACGAGCACCCUCAUUUAGGCACACACCAGAAAAGAUUUUUCUCAAUUGAAGUCCAAGUGUGCCACUGUUAGUUUUCUCCCAACAGAAUUUUUUAGUGUUUUUCCUUCAAUUAAGUUUAAAAAUAUAGGCUCCGUAUGGGCCACCGGCUUCCUUUUCUUAGCUACCAAAAAAAAAAAAGCAGUGUUAUUUUCAAGCCUCUCCGUUCAUUUUUUUUAUGGCAAUAUAAAAUUGUUGCUAAACAUUCUUUUUGUUCUCUUCCAGGCAAACUUGAUCACAACUUAGUCAUGUUAACCUGUCACUAUCAGUUAAGUUCUUAAAAACCCUGAUAAGACUAAAUUGAUUUCUUACAAGAAAAGUGAAAUGUGUACAGCUCUUAAGUAACCCAAUUUAACAAAAUGAGAAAAACAUAUAGACUUGCUCAGUAUGCUUUAAAUGUACUUAAGAGAUGUGUGCAUAGAAAAUAUGAAGAUGUUCUUGUAAACUCAUACCUAAGUUUUCACCAGUUAUUCCUCUUCCCAACAGCAUAGUAGUUCAUAUCCAGCCUUUCAAAAAUCAGGGUGCUUUCUAAAAGAAAAUGGCAAUUAGUCAACUAUGUUACAGUCAUUGAACUUCCAACUGGGAAUCUGAUACGUGGUGUGAUGAUUAAAAAAAACCCCACACUUAAAAUGAAAAGCUCAUACAAUAUCUUUGAAGAAAUGACCUUCUUCCUAGCACGCUAUGUAUUAUAUUUAAAAAGAAAAAAAAAAAGUUGGGUCUAAAUAGCUUCUUCCUAAGCGUUUCUUCAGAUUUUCUUAAGUCUCUUUUUAACUUUAAGCGUGUUCUGUGUUUAGUUCAGUUUUUUACAUUCAGUUCCUGCUUCGUAAGGAAUUAAGGAUAUCUGAAGUUUAAAUAUGAGAUGUUUAUAUAGUAGUUCUGGUUUUCUAUUAGCUUUUAUACAGUACCUUUAAAAAAAACCCUUGAUAGAAGUGUUUAUUUUGGAGGAUACGGAAUAAAUAUGCUUCCACUUAUAUAACUUUAAUAUAUGUUUAAAAAGUUAAAUUAUGGAAAAAAAUGUUAGUUGUUUGUUUAUAAAUAUCUUCUGAAGAGUGUCUAGCUUGGCCACAGCCAAAAUAAAAGGCAAAUUUAUUGAUACAAAAACCUGUCCUCAUCAUAUUUUAAUUUUGUAAUUGUGUGCUGAAGUGAUGCAUAUAUAGAGCUCUUGCUAAAUACAAAAAGGGUUUUUUUCCUUUAAACUUGUGACAGGAAUGUGCAGAUGUUUUAAUAUAUAUAGAUUAGAAUUUUUACUACUUUUUUUUUUUUUUUAAUUUGUCAGAUAAAUCUCAGAGAUCUAUACUGCUUCAGUGGAAGUGCAGUGAAAACUUCUGUUGCAUUUAAGAGAAGCAGAGUUGAGCCAUAAAAUGUAUUUUGGUUUGGGACUUAUUUUCCUUUGAGGCACUGUGUUGGCAAAGGUCUCAGCAUGUGAUAAGUUCCAAUGAGAUCAGUCUUAACAUUUAUUUUUUUUUUUAAAACAUGCUUAGGUUUUUUGAUACAUUGGGACCAUGGUCACCCACUGAAAGUGAGAAAUGACGUAUGGGUUUAUCUUUUAGUUCUAGAAUGAAAAGUUAAAAUGAGUUUUUCUCUGCAUAAAAAUGGCAUGUACACCUAAAAUAUAAUUCUGCAGUCUUACAAAAAUGAAGGACAUCAACCAGUAAUAAUCUACCUGAACUGCUGUAAGACCCUUUGAUAUGGUCCCCCACAACAUUCUUGCCACUAAAGUGAAGAGGUAUAUAUUUUGGGGGUUUGACUGAUGGAUAAAGGAAUGCCUGGAUGGCCAUGUGCAAAGAGUUACAGACAACAGCUCAUUGUCCAAGUGUAAGCCAGAAACAAGUGUUGUCCCCUGAGGGUCCAUACUGGGACCAAUACCAUAUAGUAUCUUCAUGGGUAGUGGGAUUUCACAGGGAUAGUGGGGUUGAGUGCACCCUCUGCAAGUUUGCGUAUGAUGCGAAGCUGCUCAGAUUAUUUGAUUGAUAAUUUAAGAGGGAAGAUAAUUUAAGAGGGAAGAGACCCCAUCGAUGGGGGUCCUUGAUAGGUUUGAGGAGUAGGCCCUCUCGUAAAGUUCAUCAAGCCAAGAGCAAGGUCCUGCAUUUGAGUCAAGGCAGUUUUCAAUUUCAGCAUAGACUGAGUGAUGACUGGAUUGAGAACAGCACUGAGAAGAAGGACUUAAGGGUUCUAGUAGAUGAAAAGCUGGACACGAGCCAGCAGUGGGCACUUACAGCUCAGAAGGCCAACUGCAUCUUGGGCCUCAUCACAAGAUGGCUGACCAGCAGGGCAAAGGAGGAGAUUGUCUCCCUCUGCUCUGUCCUUUUGAGGUCCCACUUGCAGUACUGCAUUCAGCUCUGGGACCCCCAGAACAAAAGAUACAUGGAACUGUUGGAGCAGAUCCAGGGGAGGCUACGUGGGUGAUUAGAGGGCUGGAGUGCCUCUCCUGUGAAGGGAGGCCGAAGGUGGUGGGCUUGUUCCAUCUGGAGAAGGCUCCAGGGAAACUUCAUUGCAGCCUUCCUCUAUUUAAAGGGGACCUACAAGAAAGCUGGAG